CCGCGCACAGCUUCAGGUGCCCGGACGGCCCCUGCCCUGCCCUGCGCUGCUGCAGCGGCGGUGCUUGGAGCCACGGCUCCGUGUUGGUAACCCCGAGUACAGAUUCAGCAUUAAAAAUGCUGAGAGCCCUUUUAAUUGAUAUUGGGACUCAUAAGGCUUUCUAGCAAGUCCUCAGUUUCUGUUCCUUUUCAGCCACUCAGAGGAAAGCCUGGUUCCCUGUGUAUUUCUCUUCUGUGUGAUGGACAUUUUUAGUGAAUUACAGCAGGGUUCUUAACGUUACCUGUCUGCUGACCUUCGGGUACUGUAGUAGGGCUGCUUUCUGCUCUUGUCGUUCUCACAGCUGGGAUGAAAGGCUCAAACAGGAGAUCGGAAGGUGAAAUACUGAGCACACUGCAAGAGGCAGCAUCCACUGCGUCCAUCUGCUGGCUGCAUCCAGCUGCCCCAUGCAGUGCUGGCAGCAGGGCUGUGCUCAUCCUGUAGCACCCACGAGGCUUUGGGGAGCACGGUUUUGGGGCACCUCUGUCUCUUGGUGACAGUCGCUCUCUGUUCCCACUGGCUUUGCUGCCACCACCCUUUCUACAAUGUCAGAUGUCUUUUCUAGCAGCUUUAGCACGUGGAGUGUCUCCCAGCACAGGGUCUGCUCUUACACCAUGGCUGAGCAGAGAUGUGCUUCAGGCUUUAGGCAGCAGCUUCACGUUCCCCUCUCACGCUGAAAACAGCCCGUGGCUCUCAGAGCACCAGAAUGCUGUCAGGAGUUCAGUGCUAUCUGCCUGGGAUUGCAGCGACCACAGGGCAGGAUGGGCAGCCCCCUGCUUGGCUCUCCUGCUUUACCUUACGCUGCUGCUGGGGCAGUUCUCAGAAUACCUUCAGGUCGUGUCUGCUGAGGGCUGGGCCCUCCUUUUUCAGGGCUCUGUGCUCUGUGGAUUUUGUCACCAAAUUGGAAAACUUUUGAGUUCACAGUUGCAACAGAAACAGCCUGGAUUGCUGUUUGUUCCUUGUCAAGCUCUGAUAAGCCCUCUCUGAAGAACAGUUUAGGUUAGAUAUUAGGAGGAAGUUUUUCACUCAGAGGGUGGUGCCGCACUGAACAGGUUGCCCAAGGAGGCUGUGGAUACCCCAUCCCUGGAGGCAUUGAAGGCCAGGCUGGAUGUGGCUCUGGGCAGCCUGGUCUGCUGGUUGGCGACCCUGCACAUAGCAGGGGGUUGGAACUCAAUAAGCAUUGUGGUCCUUUUCAACCCAGCCAGUCUGUGAUUCUAUGAUUGUAGAACUCAAUCCAGAUAAUCAACAGCUGUGAAAGUAACAGUAAAAAAAAAAAAAAAAAGUGAAACACUUUUGUUUUCAUUUUACUGCCAGGGAUGUUUUUCUGUUUCCUACCAUGUGGGUGAGAGCUUCUCUAAGGAAUGUAGAAAAGUCACUGUCAGAGUUGUUAUUACAUUAUCACAGAAUGGUUUGAGUUGGGAGGGACCUCUAAAGGCCAUCUAGUCCAACUCCCCUCAAUGAACAGGGUGGGGGUACUGCUGGAUGGCAGCUGGACAUGAGGCAGCACUGUGCCCUCCCAGCACCUCCGUGUGCUCCCACUUCACUGAUUCGUGCAGAGGGGAUGUGGCUGCACAGGACCAGAUGAGCUGAGAGGGUCUCAAACAGCCCCACACUGCCAUGUGCCCCACUCUGGGCUUUGUUUGCUUUUCUGUUUGUUUGUUUUGCUGUUAAGCCAUGGAUUUUUCUACCAGAAGAAAAAGGCUUCCGGGGAAUUGCAGUGCACGAUGAUCCAAACAAAUGCACUGUCCGCUAUACAGACACAGAAGCUCGUUUUGCUGUUUUGCUGAUGUGGUUUUCAUUUCUGCAUUUGCCACCCCCUUCUCCCAAGCUCCACAGUUGUUGGGUUUUUUUUGUUCUUAUACAAGCUCAUUCUGGUUUUGGUGCAAACCAAACUAAAGUUCAUGUUCACAGCACGGGGGACGUGUGCCGCAGGACCGGUCCCUGCCCAGUGUCUCUCCCCCACGAACCUCCCUCAGAUGCACGUCCUGGCCAAGAAGGCAGCAGUGGUUUCCUGUAAGUGGGUGGGAGAGAAGGAACAAGGAAAGAACAUGGCCACACCCCCACGUAAUUACAGCUGUGCAAUGGGAGAAGGAAGGCAGGCAUGUUUAAGGUGGCACCCAGAGAGUGAUGGUCAAUGGCUCCAUGUCUGGAUGGAAAUCAGGGACGAGUGGUGGUCCUCAGGGGUCUGUGCUGGGACCAAUACUCUUAAAUAUCUUCAUCAGUGACACCGAGUGGGAUCGAGUGCCCCAUCCCUGCCAAGGUCUGGCUGGAGGGGCUCUGAGCACUGGUGGAGCUGUGGGUGUCCCUGUGCACUGCAGGGGGUUGGACUGGGUGGCCUUUGGGGUCCCUUCCAACUCAAAUGGUUCUGUGAUGCUAUGACUCUAUAACCUGUUACAGAUGAGAAGUGGCCGGAAGGCGUGUGCACCUGCAGCAUCGCAGUGCUGAGAGCUCAUUCCACUCAGCCCCAUGUGGUGCCCACUGCUCACAUGGUGGGAGGUUUGCAGCAGCCGUGCAGCUCUGCUCUCUCUCUGCACUGGGAGCUGGCGCAGACCUUGCGCGUAGCAGUAGCAUCCAGAGGAAGUGGAGGCCGUGGCUGUGCGUGCUGAGCAGUGCUACGCCCAUUGCCCACAGCACCAACAUUCCAGGCAGUGCCGAGCAUCGCAGCUGCAUCUCACUGCUGCUGCCCCCCCUUCCUGCUUGCAGAUGCCCCAGGACCCGUCAACCAGGAGCAGCCCUGCUCGCCUUCUCAUCCCUGAGCCCCGUGCAGGGCGGGCACGGCAUGCAGCAUGCGUGCUGCUGGCUGUGUGCUUCGUGGUGCUGUUCCUGUCCGGGGAGCCCCUAGCACCCAUCACCCGCCGCGUCUGCACCCAGCUGGCAGCCCUGCAGCUCGGGGUGCUGCUCAAGGGCUGCUGCUGCCUGGCCGAGGAGAUCUUCCACCUGCACUCCAGGCACCACGGCAGCCUCUGGCAGGUGCUGUGUUCCUGCUUCCCUCCACGCUGGCACCUGGCCCUGCUCCUUGUCGGCGGCUCAGCCUACCUGGACCCACUGGAGGACAAUGGGCACAGCCCGCGCCUCGCCCUCACCCUCUCCUGCCUGUGCCAGCUACUGGUCCUUGCCCUUGGGCUGCAGAAGCUCUCGGCAGUGGAGGUGUCAGAGCUGACCGAGAGCUCCAAGAAGAAUGUCGCUCACGGCCUUGCCUGGUCCUACUACAUCGGCUACCUGAAAGUAGUUCUGCCACGCCUGAAGGAGUGCAUGGAAGAGAUCAGCAGGACCAACCCCAUGCUGCGGGCACACCGUGACACCUGGAAGCUCCACAUCCUGGUCCCGCUGGGCUGUGACAUCUGGGAUGACCUGGAGAAGGCUGACAGCAACAUCCAGUACCUGGCAGACCUCCCUGAGACCAUCCUGACCCGGGCAGGCAUCAAAAGGAGGGUCUACAGACACAGCCUGUAUGUGAUCAGAGAUAAGGACAACAAGCUCAGGCCCUGCGUGCUGGAGUUUGCGUCCCCACUGCAGACGCUGUGUGCCAUGUCGCAGGAUGACUGCGCAGCCUUCAGCCGGGAGCAGCGGCUGGAGCAGGCCCGGCUGUUCUACAGGUCGCUGCGGGACAUCCUGGGCAGCUCCAAGGAGUGUGCAGGGCUGUACCGCCUCAUCGCCUAUGAGGAACCGGCAGAGCCUGAGAGCCACUUCUUGUCCGGGCUGAUCCUCUGGCACCUGCAGCAGCAGCAGCGCGAGGAGUAUAUGGUGCAGGAGGAGCUCCCCCUGGGCACGGGCUCUGUGGAGCUCAGCCUGCAGGUCAGCUCCUCCGACCUGCCCCAGCCGCUGCGCAGUGACUGCCCCUGAGCCCAGCGCUCCCACAGCCACCGGCACCACAGCUGCCCCUGGAGCUUUCCAUUGCUUUUCGUGUGUUGUGUAUUUCUCAUGUACAUAUAUGAAUGUUUGGUGUUUUUUGA